AGGGUGGACGUGUAGGCACUCCCCUGUGUCUUGUAGCGCCAUCGGAGACUGUUGGCCAAAGCCCUGUUGUAUCUCUGCUGAAGUAGAAACGAACGUCAUAUUUUCUUACUAUAGAAAAGUGCUUAGCCACUAAAGGUGAAAAAAGGACUUUUCGGGAAUUUCAUCAUUUCAGCAUGGGAGAGUUUCACAUCACCCAUAAGUACAUCCUCAACAACGAUGUACGCUAUAUGUAUAGCGGUUACCCUAUUGCCAUGAAGUACCGCGGGAGUGGGGACUAUCCAAACUUCGACAUGUUAAGAAUCAGCAGGGAAAACUCGGACUUAAAGAAAAACGUUUUAAAAGCUUCUGACUUUGCAACGGAUGACAGAUACCUAGUACCGAGGGCCCCAGCCUUGAGGAAUUAUUCGCGCCACGCCGUCAACAACGUUGUGUCGAGGCUGAUGAAGCCGACCAUUGCUCGGGUCGGAGUGUCGGACGAGAACAUCAACUUGUUACGGUGUAAGGAGGAUGUAAUUGAGGAGGAAAAGUCGGACAAAUAUCUUAGCUAUCGUAGACUCCCAAAGGCAGAAGUCGACACCAUUGUAACCAGAUUAUUUAGUGGGAACACCCGGAUGAGUGCUAUGAAAAGACGGAGUAAGUUUGACCUAACGCGGGAUGGCAGAAUGACGUUAUUCCGGGAAGCAAGCAUCCCUCUUCCGAUGGUUCAGGCGUAAUCGGACGGACACACCGAAAGAUGUCCAGUUUCACAGUCUGGCAAUCACGUCACAUUGGUCACCGUCAGUUGACCUGAUGAGGAGUUUGGAUUCGAAGUCGGGAUAUCUAGACAUUUUUAUGAACCCAAGGCGCUUCACUUCUACUCAUAAGUAUACACUGUCUAUAGCUGAGUCCGUCCGAGGACCUUCACAUCUACCCAUAGUUAUGUAUUGUCUUAAGCAUAGCCGUCAGAGGAGGGUACGGUAGUGUUAAUGGAACCUAUAUUAGUAUACACUGGAAGUCAAUUACACACACAUAUAUAUACACUUGUGUGACAUUGUGUCUUUCUGAUUGUCCUGUGACAUAGACACUUAAAAUCGAGGGUAUUUUUCUGAUCGGCUUGUGAUAUCGACUCCGAAAGUCUCCCGUGUCUUUCGGAUCGUCCUGAGAUACAGACACCGGAAGUCGAAACUGUCCCUCUGAUCGCCAUGUGAUACACACACCAUAAGUCUCGCGUGUCUGUCAGAUCGUCCUGUGAUAUAGACACCGGAAGUCUCGUGGGUCUGUCAGAUCGUCCUGUGAUACAGACACCAGAAGGCUUGUUUGUCUGUCUGAUCGACUGUGAUACAGAUACCGGUAGUCUGGUAUGUCUGAUCGUCCUGUGAUACAGACACCGGAAGUCUCGUGUGUCUGAUCAUCCUGUGAUACAGACUCUGUUUGUGUUGAACUACGUAAGCGGAAGUGUGUAUGUGCACAAAUCAUAUUUACUCAUUUCUGAUGUUUUCACUGUCUCCUGUUUUCCUCGGAUUGUCUCGUUGUCAUCGUCGAUUCACUCUAAAAUCACAACUUGUAUAUCUGUAAAUAAUUGUUUUGUAUAAAUGAUAAGCCCAUUCUAAAUUAUUUUGUACAAUUCAAAAAUUAAAUUAAUAUCAAACCAAG